AUGCAGCAGCUCACAUUGGAGGGAACACAGCAGCUCACAUUAGGGGGGAACCCAGCAGCUCAUAUUGGAGGGAACACAUCGGCUCACAUUGGAGGGAACACAUCAGCUCAUACUGGAGGGAACACAUCAGCUCAUACUGGAGGGAAUAUUGCAGCUCAUCCUAGAAGGAACACAUCGGCUCAUACUGAAGGGAACACAUCAGCUCAUACUGGAGGGAACACAUCAGCUCAUACUGGAGGGAAUAUUGCAGCUCAUACUGGAGGGAACACAUCAGCUCAUACUGGAGGGAACACAUCAGCUCACACUGGAGGGAAUAUUGCAGCUCAUACUAGAGGGAACACAUCGGCUCAUACUGGAGGGAAUAUUGCAGCUCAUACUAGAGGGAACACAUUGGCUCAUACUGAAGGGAACACAGCAGCUCACACUGGGGGAACACAUCAGCUCAGAGUGGAGGGAACACAUCAGCUCACACUGGAGGGAAUAUUGCAGCUCAUACUAGAGGGAACACAUCGGCUCAUACUGGAGGGAAUAUUGCAGCUCAUACUAGAGGGAACACAUUGGCUCAUACUGAAGGGAACACAGCAGCUCACACUGGGGGAACACAUCAGCUCAGAGUGGAGGGAACACAUCAGCUCACACUGGAGGGAAUAUUGCAGCUCAUACUGGAGGGAACACAUCAGCUCAUAUUGA